AUGCCAGAUGGUCCAGAGCCUUUCAUCCGCUCUUCACAGCCGCAUCAUGAACCCAACGAGGGAGUGGUGGCUAAUGCGGGGGUGUCUGCCUCACCCCGCAAACGAAAGCGGGUCAAGACAGGGUGUUUAACGUGUCGCGCCCGGAAGGUCAAGUGCGAUGAGGCUCGCCCGGCCUGCAACCACUGCCGGAAUCUCACGGUCGAGUGUCGCUGGGCUGAUGGGUCGCCGGGGCAGUGGUUUGUUACCCCGUCCACGAUAAUCACUUCCAAGUCACCGGCCUGUCUUACCUGUAGGUAUGCCCGCUCGAAAUGCUCCAAAGCUAGGCCUUCGUGCGCACGAUGUCUGCUUUACAGACACGAGUGUCAGUAUCCAAAGCCUACGGAAGGGCGGGCACUUACUUCGUCCGCUGAGGCAUGGAUGAAACGGCUGCGAACGGGGAAUUCUCAACGUGAGGACGAUAGAGAGGUCACCAAUCACGAUAUUCCCUCCAGUCUAGGUCGUGCUGGCCUGGCUCCCCAGGAGAGACCUACUGUGGAAUCUGCAGCCGACACUACUGGCGUGGCUAUACAACAUAACCACACCCCCACCCAGGAGACAGGGUCUACUCCCAGAACAUCCCGCAUGUCCAACAACAAUCUUCCUAGCCCAGACCGUAUCCAACGCCUCGCCGUCGCUUUCUUCCAACACGUCCACGUCUACCGCGCCAACGCCUUCCUCCACCGGGACCGAACCCUCGCUGCCAUCCGCGAAAGAACGCUCUCAGAGACCAUCAUUUUUGCCCUCUGUGCCAUCGGAUCGCGCUUCACCUCCCCCCCGGAACCUGAAGAAGUCGCCAAAGAAUGGGCCGCACAAGCCGGGCACCUCGUCACGACCGCGAUGGAAGCGUCACGAGAGACCAUCACAACAUCCCUCCUCCUAACAAUCUACACCCAGCAAGCCGGCCGAUUCACCCAAUCCCACCUAUGGUCCACCAUCGCCAUCAGCCAAGCCGUCGCCCUCGGUCUCCACCAUGAAUCACCCCCCGGAACGCGCUCCUUCGUGCACAGCGAACGCGACCGUCGGCUUUUCUUCGCCUGCUACGCCUCCAACCGGCUCAUCGCAAAUGGGACCCCGGAAUCAAUCCAAUGUCCCGCAUCACGCAUCAAACUCCGCCUUCCGUGCGACGGGUUCAACUUCCAGAUGGAGUUGAAUGUCGAAACGCCCGAGUCGGCGCUUGAAACGGAUGACUCCCAUGUUCCCGCGUGGAUGUACAGGAAUGUAGGCGUGAUGGGGUUCUGGGUGCGGCUGGUUGGCGUGCGGGUGAUGAUCAGGCGGUAUUUCCAUAAUUUGCGAGAGACCAUAAGCACGAUUUCAGGGGAGCGAUGCAACACGAAUAUACCAGCGCCAUGGAGUCCCAACUCCCCGUUUCAGGCGUGCAUGGCGAAGUUGGCCUGGCUUCGAGAAUCCCUCCCCGUGCGACUCCAGCUCACCCGCGACAGGGUGACGAGGAGACAUGGAGAGCCUGCGUUGGGUCAGGUUGUUAUGUUUUAUUUGUGGUGGAAUGAAUGCCACGUCGAGCUGUGUAGUGUCGCGCUCUCUGGCUAUCCGCAGUCUCUGGGGGAGAAUUUCCUCUCCACUGCGCCUGCGGGAUGGGUCGAGCAAACGCGGCAGGGUGCUUUGCGACACGCGCAGGCGAUUGCGGAUAUUUUGGCCCUUGUGGCUCGAGAGACGCCGGGCGAGCCGCUGGUUAUAUACGAUCAUACCAUCGCACAUGUGGUUUACCUCUCGAUUCGGGUGCAGCUGGAACUAGACACAGCGGAUGAUGUGGAUGGUGCGAAGUUGAAAGACAGGGUGGAUACUAUGCUUGCUUUUGUAGAGCGUACGAGUGUAUACUUCCAUCCCGUCUAUCUGGUGAAGUCUCUCGACGCUAGCCGUCUUGCCGAAAAGGUUGCCUUGGUGAGUUCGAGUAUUUCCAACGACGAAGCCAGCCUCAACGCGAUUUUGUUGGAACUCCUCCCAGAUUGCACGGCUUACGGUGCCACAUCCUCAAUCAGAGGCUAUGAGAGCUCCUGCGAAGGUGUCCUGGCUAAUUAUCAGCUAGCACCCCCAGCCACCUUCGACUUCCCCAUGGGACCCAAUUCCGGACGUAUGGAUAGGUGCGCCCACGAGUACUCCUACUGCUAG